AUGGAGAAAAUUAUCAGAAUGCCGCAGCUGAGGCAGCUGCUCGGCGAGUUCCCCGGUAAUAUGAAGUUCUGUUUCGCUUACGGAUCGGGCGCGUUCAGGCAGCAUAACAACGACGACGGCAAUAACAUGCUGGACCUCGUGUUCGUCGUGCGCAACGCCAACAAGUGGCACGCGGAGAAUCUGGCGAGAAAUCCCAAGCAUUACUCUCAACUGCUGAGACUUCUCGGCCCCAAGGCGAUCACCAAUGUCCAGGAGGGAUCGGGCGCCAAGGUGUUUUACAACACGCUGGUGAGAUCGAGCGAGGGCCAGCUCAUUAAGUACGGCGUCAUCUCCGAGGUCUCGUUGGUGGAGGAUUUGCUGGACUGGAACGAUCUGUACAUGGCGGGGAGAUUGCACAAGCCGGUCAAGGUGCUGGUCGAGCCGGACCAGAGCUCCCAGCUGCCCACCGCUCUGGUGCAGAACUUGCACUCGGCCGUGCACGCGGCCCUGCUGCUGCUGCCCGAGUACUUCACGGAGGUCGACUUUUUCAGGCGGAUCGCCAGCCUGUCCUACGACGGCGACUUCCGUAUGAUCUUCGGCGAGAACAGGGACAAGAUCAGCAACAUCGUGCUGCCGCAGUUGCAGCACUUCAAGCGGCUGUACGAGCCGAUCUUGAAGCACCUCGACAAUUACGUAGACAUCCCAAAGUCCGAUAAUACGGCCGUCAUGUGCCAUCAGGACGUCAGCCCGGUGACCAAGGUCCACCAUCUCAAUCAUUUACCCAGAGUGCCCCAGGUUAAACUGGUCCGGGCGUGGUCUCACGGCCCGAGGUCGAAGGACACGGAGGAUUGCUUGCGCGCGAUCGCGCACGAUCCGGAGUGCUGCGAGAUAUUGGAGCGGUCCUUGAGGAAGAUCGUUUGGCGGUCCAGCGUGACGCAAAGCCUCAAGGGCAUCGUGACCGCGGGGCUCGUAAAGUCCGUCAGAUACAGCGGCGCCAAGAUAGUUAAGAUGCUGCAGUCCAAUCAACUGCCUAAGCCCGAUCCGAAUAAGAUGAUAAAAAUUGCCGAGACUGUUGCCAAGAAGACAGAGCCUAGGAACGCCGAGAAGCGCGUCGAGUAG